CAUGUACAACAAAUUGAGAGCAGCUUCGUUGCAGCUUAAAUUUUAUGUAUUGAAGCUCCCGCGGCCCAGCUGUUCAAAAGCCAAUUCCUCAUAUAUUUAAAACGGAGUAUAGCACUCUUUGAACGGAGUAUAGUUUGUCGGCUUUAAUACUCUCUGGAUUUAAAACCCUUGUUCUCUGGGUCUGUAUCCAUAUGCUGCAUUAUCUUUGUAGUCCCGUGUGGUAUAUGUUUAUGAAAAGGAAACCUUGGAAGUUAUGUUUUGAAAGAAACUCCCGAAAAUAUAUAUAAAAUGUCUAAUAACAAUUUAUUUCUGCCGGUGGGGUUUCCCAGAGCGCCUUUAGCGAAUGGUGUUGGAAGAUGGAUAUGCCAGUUACAAAGGUUAACUUUCAAGUUUUGCAAGAAUUAUCCUUCCAGCCGAGGAAUGAGGGAAUUUCUCGAAUUCGAGCUACUAGACUUCACCAAAAAAAAUCCAGGCAUUGUAGUAUAUGUGAAACCCCGCCGCCACAGAGCACCAAAUUUAACUGCAGAGUAUUUGAAUGGAGAAAAGCAAAUUGUCGAUUGCCGGAAUUUUUCUUACGAAGAAGUUAAAAAAUGGGUUUCAUUGCUGCGGUCACAGACUGGAAGAGGCACUGUGCGGCUUUUAAAAAUGUGGCAUACAGAUCAUCCUUCUAUCCAAGGACCAUGGAGUCCAUUUGUAAAUCGUGACCCCAAACUGAAUUGGGCAGAAUUUCCAAAUGAAGACUUGUCACAACCUAUUUAUAUUGAAAAAUCUGCUACUGAGAAACUUAUAGAAAUAUUUGAAGAGCAGCAGCGAAUAGAAAAACAACCUAAACAAGAAUAAUAUUUUUGAUAGUUUGUUUCCAUUAUUUAUAAAGUGUACUUUUUCAUGUCAUAUAAUUAAUUGCCAUUGUAGAAUCUACUUGUAAUAUAUUUAAUUUGUUAAAAUUUGUUUCAUUUUAUUUGCUUCACUUCCUAAAACUUAAUUUCCUAGAAACACUCGAGAACAAUCCCCCAGUUUGCUUUCCUUUUUGAAUGAACAAAUAAAAUUAUUGAACUUCUGUUUGGAAACAGAAAAAAAUAAACUCAGCCAGGAAGGAACAUGCUAAUUAUUACCAAAUUUAGGAUUAGGAAAUUUGAUGUCGAGGUGUACAACAGAUUAAAAAAUAGGAAAAGCAUAUCUAUAAACCAAUUGUAGAACCACGAUCAUUGAUGAAUAAUAAAAUAAAAUUGGUUCACAGGAUUGGUCAUUGUUGGUA